GGAAUGGAUGAUGCUGUACCAGGGAAUGGUGGUGCUGGCUGCAAGUCAAGUGUGGUGGACCUGGGAGGUAGAGGACGUCUUUAAAAGUGUGAAGAAAGGAGAGAAGAACGCACUGAAGACCUAUGCUAUCAAAAUGCACAAGCAGAUUAAUGAGUUGGUCAAACGCAUUACACAACCUAUGAAGACAAAUGACAGGCGAAAGAUAAACACUGUCCUUAUCAUCGAUGUCCAUGCAAGAGACAUCGUAGACAGCUUUGUACAAAACAGUAUAAUGGACGCACAGGAGUUUGAGUGGGAAAGCCAACUGAGAUUCUACUGGGUCAAGAAACACGACAACCUAUUUGUGCGUCAGUGCAGUGCUUCGUUCUCUUACGGCUACGAAUACAUGGGGUUAAACGGACGAUUGGUUAUAACCCCACUGACAGACCGUAUCUACCUCACCCUCACGCAGGCCCUCUCCAUGUACCUGGGUGGAGCUCCUGCUGGACCGGCUGGUACAGGGAAGACAGAGUCCACCAAAGACCUGGCCAAGGCUUUGGGCCUGCUCUGUGUGGUGACCAACUGUGGGGAGGGCAUGGACCACAUGGCUAUGGGUAAGAUCUUCUCUGGCCUUGCCCAGUGUGGAGCGUGGGGCUGCUUCGAUGAGUUCAAUCGCAUCGACGCCUCAGUGCUGUCAGUUAUCUCCUCCCAAAUCCAGACUAUCCGCAAAGCUCUCAUGCUGCACCUGACAAGGUUUCAUUUUGAGGGGCAGGAGAUCAGCCUGGACGGUCGCAUGGGGAUCUUCAUCACCAUGAACCCAGGGUAUGCAGGACGCACGGAGCUGCCAGAAUCAGUGAAAGCCCUGUUCAGACCGGUGGUGGUCAUUGUGCCUGACCUGCAGCAGAUUUGUGAGAUCAUGCUCUUCUCUGAGGGCUUCUUAUUGGCCAAGGACGUGGUUUUGAUGCGUGCUCUCAGGGACAUGAACCUUCCAAAGUUUGUGUUUGAGGACGUGCCUCUGUUCCUCGGGCUGAUCUCAGAUCUGUUCCCUGGGCUGGACUGCCCUCGGGUUCGCUAUCCAAACUUCAAUGAUGCCGUGGAAGGGAUCCUGGAAGAGCACAAAUACGUCAUGCUGCCAAACCAGGUGGAUAAAGUGGUGCAGAUGUACGAGACGAUGAUGACGAGACACACUACGAUGAUUGUGGGCCCCACAGGCGGAGGGAAAUCGGUUGUGAUUAGCACAUUGUGUCAAGCUCAGACCAAAUUGGGAGACCACACCAAGAUUUAUCCCCUGAACCCUAAAGCCAUGAGUGUCAUUGAACUUUACGGUAUUCUGGACCCUGAGACUCGAGACUGGACUGACGGGAUCUUAUCCAACAUCUUCCGGGACAUCAACAGGCCUACUGACAAAAAAGAGCGAAGGUACAUCCUGUUCGAUGGGGACGUGGAUGCUCUGUGGGUCGAGAAUAUGAACUCAGUGAUGGACGACAACAAGAUCCUUACACUAGCUAAUGGAGAACGGAUACGUUUACAGAAUCACUGUGCUAUGCUUUUCGAGGUUGGAGAUCUGCAGUAUGCUUCCCCUGCUACUGUUUCCCGCUGUGGGAUGGUUUUCGUUGACCCCAAAAAUCUCCGUUACACCCCAUACUGGCAGAGAUGGGUAAUCGACAGAACUGACGAGGAACAAAAAGUGCUCAACCAACUGUUUGAGAAGUAUGUGCACAGCUCUAUUGAAAUGAUUGUGGAAGGUAUUGUUAAUGGAAAACAGGGCCAGAAACUGAAGACUGUUGUCCCUCAGACAGAUCUGAACAUGGUGACUCAGCUGUGCUUGACACUGGAUGCACUGCUUGAGAGUGAGAGAUUCACUGCUGAAGUACUGGAGUGUUACUUCCUGGAAGCUCUGUACUGCUCACUGGGGGCCACGUUGGUGGAGAGCAGCAGGAUCAAGUUUGAUGAGUUCAUCAAAAAACUCUCGUGUCUCAGCACAGUGCAUGAUGAGAAGGCCCUGGCUGGGCCUGGUGAGAUCCCAGUGCUCGACUUCCUCGACUCUCGGACCUUCUUACAUGGGAAGUCCGCUACUAAUCACCUCUCUGUUUUCCUUGCAGGUCCUCAGGGUGAAAAGGGGAGAGAUGGGCUUUCUGGCAGAGAAGGGAAGCCAGGGUCUCGAGGGCUGCCAGGUCCCAGUGGGCCUAGGGGGGAAGCCGGGGGGAGGGGCCCGUCUGGAGCCCCUGGAUUCAAGGGAUCCUCGGGACCUGCAGGGCCCCGUGGACCAUCAGGACCCUCAGGAGAGAGGGGUCUAUCCGGCCCACCAGGCCCUCCUGGCCCUCCAGCUCCGGCCAGUGCCCACAUCCCAGAACCAGACCAGAGUCGUAGGAAAGACCCUUUGUACAGCAACACUUUCCAUGACUCACGAGGGUUGCCAGUCCCAGGUCCUCAGGGCCCCCCCGGGCCUGUCGGUCCCCCCGGUCCCAGAGGCCCAGUAGGACUUCCCGGCCCAUCAGGACAGAAUGGUAAAAAUGGAGCCUCUGGAGCGCUGGGCCCUGUGGGGCCAAAGGGCGAGCGAGGGGAGAGAGGUCCUUUAGGUUACCAAGGCGAGAGGGGCUUCAGAGGCGAGUCGGGAACACCGGGUUCAAAGGGAGAGCCAGGAGUGAAGGGCUUGCCGAGCAAUCUAAAUGGGGACGGCAUACAUCAGAUCAGAGAGGCGCUGAAGAUCUUAGCCGAGAGGGUUUUAAUCCUUGAGACUAUGAUCGGUAUUCAUGAGCCUGAUCUAGGGUCUGGGGACGGAACGUUUGACACAGCCUCCCCUAGUUUCUACAGAGAUAAGCGAGCAGGUGCGCUUCCAUAUCGACUUGCUUCUCCUCUGUCCUCCAACACCAAGGUUCGAGGGAAGUAGCCCCCACCCCCCGCUCACCCUGAGGAUCAAAGGCUGGGUUGACUCCCCCUCCUCUAGGUCUCAUCUGCAAUCAACAGAUUUAGACCUUAUCUGAUACCCUCUCUGGGCUUUGCUAUCAGAUUAAGGAUGGGGGACACCUCAGGGAAACUCCACUGAUAUCCCACAAUGCCCUCCUCCAUCGGGAACCUGAGAACUAGUUUGACCCGUCCGCAUCGCCAUAACCAAACAUUUAUCUUCACGUAACACACCCAGCAGCUCCUUCUGUGUCUCAUCUUGAAAUAACGUUUUUAAUGGUUAUAAAAAGGAAAAUCACAAUCUUCUGGACAAUGAGGGUCGUUUAGUUAUCAAUGAAAGGAGGAAUCAGAUGUGAGAAACUGGAUUUGCGUUUUUCUUUUGCUUCACAAUGUAACUGCAAUCUGAAGAGAUUCCACUAUUUAAGUAUAUUGAGCAUGUACAGUUUGCAGGACACAAGUACAAACAAACCUCUUCUUAUAGUAUUCAUUUUUGUUAUACUUCUCAUAUUGUUAUGUAGUGCACUAAAAAGAUGAAGUCAUCUCUACUCUAAGAUACAGUAUGUGUUGCCAACAGUGAUUUGUAGCUUACUGGUGUGAGUGUUCCCCGCCCCCCCCCCUUCAAGUACACACGGCUAAAACGAUUAAAUAAACAAUAGUUUAUUAACAUCCUUCAAGGCUAAAAAACAAAAGCAACACAAUUUGGUUUUGGUGGCAUAUCAACAGAGACAUUAUUUUUUCUGGAACAUGUUGAUAUAAAAAUAACUAUAAAAAGACUUGCUCUCCAUUUCCAGAUAUUUUACACACACACAGGAAAUAACAAAACUGUUAAUGGAACUUGAACAUAUUUUUUACCACUGUUGACAGCUUAAACUGUCCUGAUGAAAAACUUGAUAAUUGUUUUUUCAUCUUAUAUCAAACUUAUUGUGAAACUAUUUAAAAUGAUCAAUUAUUUUGUAUGUUGUUGUGUAACCAUUUCAUAUUUCACUCUACAUUUCUUUUCUUGAAAAUGUGUUACUGUGUUAAGAUAAUCCUGUCUAAGUGAUUGAUGUAAUAAAAUAAUGUUAAUUUUUUUGUAUAA